AUGGUUGUUAAUAAUCAAAUGAAAGGGCUAAAAACCUUUAUUUCAGAUUUAAGAAAUUUGAAGGAUAAAGACGAAGAAAAACGAAUAAAUAUCGAAUUGGCAAAGAUACGAGCUAAAUUUCAAAGUUCGACACUUUCUGCAUACGAUCGAAAAAAGUAUGUCAGUAAACUCUUGUAUAUAUACAUGUUGGGAUAUCCAAUAUCUUUCGGUCAUUUGGAAGCUGUCAAGCUUCUUACUGCUACAAAGUAUAGCGAAAAACAAAUUGGAUAUCUGGCCGUUGCAUUGCUCCUAAACGAAAAUCAUGAUUUAAUAAGGUUGGUCAUCAAUAGCAUCAAGAAGGAUUUAUUGAGCUUAGAUCCAUUUAAUAACGCUUUAGCAUUACACGCUGUUGCCAACUUCGGGGGUCGUGAAAUGUGUGAGACAGUGUAUCCAGAGAUACAGCAGUUGCUCAUGUCUGCCGCAACUGAAAACAUUGUACGUCAAAAAGCAGCUCUCUCUCUGCUUCAUAUAUAUAGAAAGUUUUCUGAUAUAAUGGAUACGGACUUGCUAGAACCCAUAAUUAUGCUCCUUGAUGACGACGAUAUAAAUGUUUCGCUUGCCGUAUCAAACUUUGUGUUCUUAAUUGUCUGUAGAGAACCAUCUCUACACAGACUUGUUUGUAAAAAAGCUAUUCAUAAAUUGAAAUUAAUUGUUUCUGGAAGAGGAUAUUCAUCGGGCUAUGUUUACUACUCUGUUCCAUGCCCUUGGUUACAAGUAAAUCUUUGCCGCAUAUUGCUAAUUUGCCAUGAAGAGGUGACUGAUGAAAGUACAAAGAGGAGUCUCAUUAAUGUUUUAGGCCGAAUGUUGAAUAUUUUUGAAGAUCUUAAAGACACUCCGCAUCUUAAUGUCAUAAACGCUAUCCUAUUUGACGCGAUAAAACUUGCAUUCGCAAUCGACGAUACUGGUUCACUUUAUCAAAAAUGCAUGAAAUGCCUUGGUGAUAUGAUUUCCGACAAAGAGCCUAAUGUACGAUAUCUAGCUUUUGAUACAACAGCUUAUUUGAUUUCAUGUGGGCAUAAUUUACCUUCUCUCAAAAUACACAGAGAUAUCAUAUUAUCGUCUCUCCGCUUUAAAGAUGUCUCUCUUCGUAAAAAAAGUUUAGAACUUCUGUAUAUGAUGUGUGACGCAGAGAAUUUCAAAUCUAUGGUUGAUGAAUUAUUGGUAUACUUACCCUACCUUGAUUCUGUUUCUCAGGAGGAUCUAAUAUCCAAAGUUGCAUCCCUUACUGAGAUUUACGCCAAUGAUUAUAAGUGGUACGUGGAUGUCAAUCUACAGCUUUUUCGUGUUGCUGGGAAAUCUGUGAACGAUGAUGUUUGGCAUCAACUUGUUCGCGUUAUUGUGAACAACGAAAGUAUUCAGCAAUAUUCAGUCCGUAAGCUUUUUAAAUUACUUCAAUCGGAUUCAACUCAUGAUAGUCUCACCAGAAGUGGUUGCUAUGUAUUGGGGGAAUAUGGUUAUUUAAUUGCGAAUGAACCAGGAAGCAGUCCACUACAGCAGUUUAUUACCGUGUACAAGAAGCUACAUACAUCAUCUAUUGGAACUAAAGUUCUUUUAUUAACAGCUUUGUUAAAACUAUCAAAAUUACAGCCUGAUCUACAUAAGCGUGUUGCAUCUGUUUUCAAACAAUAUUCUGUAAGUUUAAAUACAGAGGUUCAGCAAAGGGCCUGUGAAUAUUUACAGCUAUUAAGCCUUCCAAGAGAAUUCUUGUCCAUCGUUUGUGAAGAAGUUCCUGUUUUUACAAUUCCCUCGAAAAAGAAUCUGCCAUCUAUUAGUAACAAGUCAGAUGUUUCUUUAAGUGAUUCCCUAAAUUCGACGAAGGAAAUUGAUGUUUCUUCUAGUCUUCCUGGAUUUUACCGUCUAUGCUGGAGAGACAAAGGUAUAUUGUAUAGGGACUCUCAAGUCCAAGUGGGAGCCCUCAUGGAAUUUCGCGAUUCAAAAGUAUGUCUUUCACUGUACUUUGAAAACAGAAAAAAUGAAACAUUCACCUCAUUUUCAUCUACUUUACUUAGGACAUUUCCCAAUCUUAAAGUCGACGCAUCUUUCACAGAUACCAUAUUUUCUCCUGACAAACAAUUACAGCAAAGGUUCUCAAUUGACCGACUUGACGAGCUAUUUGAUCCACCUAUUAUUCGCGUAUCAUUUUUGGCUGGUGUAGUUAGAUCAGUUAAUUUAUUGUUGCCUAUUGUUUUAUCCAAAUUUUUACGGCCGACAGUAUUUGAUAGCUUUACAUUCUUCCAAAGAUGGGGACUAAUUGGUGUGGAACGAGAAGCUCAGUUGGCCUUUGGCUUGAAUGGUGUACAUAGUAAACUUGAUGAAAGACGAUUGAUGAGGAUCAUUAUUGGUCUUCAUUGGGGAAUAUGCUCAGGAAUUGAUACGAACCCUAGUAACAUUGUUGGUGCCGGUAUUCUCCAAGUGAGUGCCCAGAAUAUUGGUUGUUUACUUCGGCUCGAACCUAACUAUCAGAACGAUAUGAUCCGUCUAUCCAUUCGUUCGACGAAUACGACUGUUGCAAACGUCCUUGCAACGAGCAUGCAAGAUAUUCUAAAAAAUUCAUUUUAUGCGGAUUCAUGA